UAUCUUAUCUUCAUUUUAUCGGUGCCGCUCACUCUUACAAGGAAUUUGCCGAUCUUUGUUGUCAACAUGGCCGAAAGUGUCAGCUAGGCUGGUUGUUUAAGAAGAAGUGUUUUGCUGUCGGUUGUAACUCUGCUGAAAAGGAUAGGUGUACUCCUAAGGCUGUUCCUUAUGAUGCUAAGUAUAGUAGUAGUGUUGUUGUAAUGUCUUUUGUUAAGAAGACCAAUCAUGAUAGUCAUAAUAAAGAUGAAAGCUCUUUCUCUUCUACUGUUGUCCCCCAACCAUCUUCCUCCUCCUCCUCCUCUUCCUCUGAUUAUUAUUCUUCUAAUUUUUAUUCUCAUUUUGUUGCCACGACGAGGUCGUCGUCUUUGUCUUCGGUUGUCACUACAACUCCAAGCUCAUCCUCUUCCAUUAUCAAGGCAACGCCACAUCCUAAACCACCACAUAGGAAUCACAGAUUAAUCAAUAAUGUCCUUACAGUAGCAGUUGCUAAUAAACAUCCAGUUAUUACACUACCAACUGAUCAUAUUAAGAUAUUCUCCAGUACAUGGCCUGAUUCAUCACCAGGUGUUACUUAUCAUUAUCAUUGGAGGAGAUUGUUUGGUCCUAACAAGGGAAACCUCAAUGGAGUCAAUGAUAAAACCAUCUCAUUGAGUCACGUAUGUUAUAGGGAGGGAGAGGGAAUCCAAUUGGAUUAA